CGUUUUGGCCGCUGUAGAACUGCCGCCGGCGCGGCGCCGCGCUGCACUGGGGGCGGGGAGUCUGAUGGGAGACGAGCGCGGCGCUGAGGAGGCGUCGGCCCGGAGCUCCAAACGAGAAUGGAAGCCACUGGAGGACCGUAGCUGCACAGAUAUACCGUGGCUGCUGCUUUUUAUCCUCUUCUGCAUUGGGAUGGGAUUUAUUUGUGGCUUUUCAGUAGCAACAGGUGCAGCAGCGAGACUAGUGUCAGGAUACGACAGCUAUGGAAAUAUCUGUGGGCAGAUAAAUGCAAAGUUGGAACCAAUACCAAACAGUGGCAUGGACCACACUCAUCGGAAGUAUGUAUUCUUUUUGGAUCCAUGCAAUCUGGACUUGAUAAAUCGGAAGAUCAAGUCUGUGGCACUGUGUGUAGCAGCAUGUCCAAGACAAGAACUGAAAACCCUGAGUGAUGUUCAGAAGUUUGCAGAGAUGAAUGGUUCAGCACUAUGUAGCUACAACCUAAAGCCUUCUGAAUAUACUACAUCUUCAAAAGCUUCUGUUCUUUGCCCUAAACUACCAGUUCCAGCGAGUGCACCUAUUCCAUUCUUCCAUCGCUGUGCUCCUGUGAACAUUUCCUGCUAUGCCAAGUUUGCAGAGGCCCUGAUCACCUUUGUCAGUGACAAUAGUGUCUUACACAGGCUGAUUAGUGGAGUAAUGACCAGCAAAGAAAUUAUAUUGGGACUUUGCUUGUUAUCACUAGUUCUAUCCAUGAUUUUGAUGGUGAUAAUCAGGUAUAUAUCAAGAGUGCUUGUGUGGAUCUUAACCAUUCUGGUCAUACUGGGUUCACUUGGGGGCACAGGUGUACUGUGGUGGCUGUAUGCAAAGCAAAGAAGGUCUCCCAAAGAAACAGUUAUUCCAGAACAGCUUCAGAUAGCUGAAGACAAUCUUCGGGCCCUCCUCAUCUAUGCCAUCUCAGCUACAGUGUUCACAGUUAUCUUGUUCCUGAUAAUGUUGGUUAUGCGCAAACGUGUUGCUCUCACCAUUGCCUUGUUCCAUGUGGCUGGCAAGGUCUUCAUUCACUUGCCUCUGCUAGUCUUCCAACCCUUCUGGACUUUCUUCGCUCUUGUCCUUUUUUGGGCAUACUGGGUCAUGACACUCCUUUUUCUUGGUACUACUGGCAGCGCUGUUCAGAAUGACCAAGGCUUUGUGGAGUUCAGAGUUUCUGGGCCUCUGCAGUACAUGGGGUGGUACCAUGUGGUGGGCCUGAUUUGGAUCAGUGAAUUUAUUCUGGCAUGUCAGCAGAUGACAGUGGCUGGAGCCGUGGUAACAUACUAUUUUACUAGGGAUAAAAGGAAUUUGCCAUUUACACCUAUUUUGGCAUCGGUGAAUCGCCUUAUUCGUUAUCACCUCGGUACUGUGGCAAAAGGGUCUUUCAUUAUUACUUUAGUCAAAAUUCCACGAAUGAUCCUUAUGUACAUUCACAGUCAGCUCAAAGGAAAGGAAAAUGCUUGUGCUCGAUGUGUGCUGAAAUCUUGCAUUUGUUGCCUUUGGUGUCUUGAAAAGUGCCUAAAUUAUUUAAAUCAGAAUGCAUACACAGCCACAGCUAUCAAUAGCACCAACUUCUGCACCUCAGCGAAGGAUGCCUUUGUCAUUCUCGUGGAGAAUGCUUUGCGAGUGGCUGCCAUCAACACAGUGGGGGAUUUCAUGUUGUUCUUAGGCAAGGUGCUGAUAGUCUGCAGCACAGGUUUGGCUGGGAUUAUGCUGCUCAACUACCAGCAAGAUUACACAGUAUGGGUGCUGCCUCUGAUCAUUGUCUGCCUCUUUGCUUUCCUGGUUGCUCAUUGCUUCCUGUCCAUUUACGAAAUGGUUGUGGAUGUAUUAUUCUUGUGUUUUGCCAUUGAUACAAAAUACAAUGAUGGGAGCCCUGGCAGAGAAUUCUAUAUGGAUAAAGUGCUGAUGGAGUUUGUGGAAAACAGUAGGAAAGCAAUGAAAGAAGCUGGUAAGGGAGGCGUUGCUGAUGCCAGAGAGCUCAAACCGAUGGCUUCGGGAGCAAGUUCUGCUUGAACCUAGCCGACGGUUAUGGAACCCAUUGACAUUCCAAAACAAUAUAUACACAUAACUAUGUAUUUGUGUGUGUGGGUGUGUGUAUAUAUGUAUAUGUAUGUGUGUAUAUAUAUAUGUAUAUGUAUAUAUACACACACACACAUAAUCAGCCAAAAUCAGAGAAAAGGAACAGGGAUUUAAUACCUUUUUUAUGCUUAUUUUUGUCAAACAUGUACUCCUUUCAUACGGGUGGCUUUUACAAGGCAAUUGCCGUCAUUUAAUGUUUUCAAUUGUAAACUGUCUUAAUGGAAAUGUUAAAAUUCAUAUCUGAUUAACAUUUUUGAUAACUUAGAGGAGAUUUUAACUUUAGUUAUUUAAAUUAGGUAAAAUAAUUGUACUGAAUCCUGUCUAAGGUUUAUUCAGGGAUGAUUUCCCUGAUGUGUGCAUAAAAUCAAGGUCUUAUUUUACUGAUGCAUAAGUCCUAGUAGAAUGAGACUAGGCAUAUGCUUUCAGAUAAAUGAGGAAUGACUCCAAUCAGUUUUCCCCAAUUAAAGAAGCCAUGUCAUUUUACUUUUAGAAACAUACAAGUGGCCCAGUAUGGGAAUUUUCAUAAUAGUUCAUGCAUUUGUCAGCCAACAUUAAAAAGUAACCAACUCCUCAGGUAUUUGUAGUUUACCCUAAUGCUUCUAUAAGAGAGUAGGCGAAAAAGAAAAGGGUAGAUAAUCUUUCUUAUGCAAACUUUUUUCUUAUAUUCUGUCUUUCUUUCACUUUUGAUUUUAGUAGCAUCCCCCACACAUUUGUGUGCCUGGUUUGAAAGGAAGCUGGGGCACCCAGCAAGAUUAGCCUUUAAGUUUCUGUGUGUUGGUUUGCAGAUGAAGUAAUGCUGGGAGGAAUAAAGAAAGGAGAAAAACGGGAAUACAAAGCACUGAAAAUUCAGUGUGGGGGUCUCUGCUUCAGAGGAACUUCAGUGGCUUAGGGCUACGUGGCUAUUUUAUUCAAAUGCUUCUCUAAAAUCUGACAACAUACUGGCAGGUGCUCCUCUUCUUGGCUUAAUUCAUUAAGUAUCCAGAAUUCUACAAUGUUUAACUGAAGAAUUGGUUAACAUUUUGAUCUUCAAGUGUUGAACUUUCUUUUUGUUUGGGGAUGGGUUUGGGGGUUUUUUGGGGUAUUUUUGUUUUUUAUUCCUGAAGCUUACCAGAUAUGAAUGGCUAAUAUUCCAUUGUUCUGCUUAUUGUAAUGGUGAAUGCUUUAAGAAAAAAAAAAAAGUGUAAUUUGCUAAGAAUAAUUCAUGAUCUGUUUAUGCGAUAACUCCUUUUUGUUACAAUUUUUUUAAGAAAAGCUAUUUUUGUUAAUGUAAAGUAAAUAUUUCAGAGCAAAUUUUUUAAACUUAUUGCACUAAAUACAGGCUCUGUAAAAAAAAAAAAGCCUCAGCAUUUUAUCAUUCCACAGAAGGAGAAUCUUUUGAAAGAAAGCAUUGCCUCCUACCAGAAUUAGACAAUGAAUUAGACUGGUAUUAUGGAAAUGUAUACUAUUAAUGUCACUAGGGCUUAAUAAGCAGCUGUUCGCUAAUGCGCUUCCUUUCAAAGGGUUGGACCUUUAAAUUGCCUCAAAAGGUAAAUUGUAUUCUUUUUUAAGUAUCCGUGUUCUUUACUCAAGCUAGGCUAAAAUUUGCUAACUGCCUUGGUUUCUUUUCAAAGCUCAU